GUCACCAAGCAACAAACAGUUUCAAUAUGGAGGCAGAAGAAGGUGCCCGAUCACCGAGUAAUGAAGAACAGGCAAAUGAUGAAAAGAAAGAGCAAGGUGAAACAAAUGGAGUGCAGGAGGAGCAGGGAACCACAGAGACGACUGACAAUGAACCGGCUCAAGGGGGUGCUCAGGAGGGUGUGGAGGAAUCUGUAGAGGUUGCAGCAGAGCAAGAAACAACAGCUGGAACUGAGCAGGAACCUCAGCCUGCAGAUGCAACUGAACAGGAGGCUGCAGAAACAGCUGGACAAGAUACUGUAGAAACAACUGAGCCAGAGGCUGUAGAAACAACUGAGCCAGAGGCUGUAGAAACAGCUGAUCCCCAGGCUGCAGAAACAGCUGAUCCACAGGCUGUAGAAACAGCUGAUCCCCAGGCUGCAGAAACAGCUGAACAAGAUGCUGUGGAAACAGCUGAUCCACAGGCUGUAGAAACAGCUGAUCCACAGGCUGCAGAAACAGCUGAACAAGAUGCUGUAGAAACAGCUGAGCCGGCAGUUGAGGUAACUGAGGAACAAGAAGUGGUAACAGCUGAACAGGAGAUCGAUGCUACGUCAGCACAAGACGUGAAUGUCGAAGAACAGCCAGUUAUGGAAACAUCUGAACAAGACGGAACUGGCACAGCUGAACAACCUACUGUUGAACCAAGUGAACAAGCUGUAACUGGGGCCGGUGAACAAGUUGCAAGUGAACAAGAAGUAACUGGGGCAGGAGAACAAGGUACUGGUGAACAAGGUGUAACUGGGGAAGGUGAACAGGUUACAAGUGAACAGGUUACAAGUGAACAAGAUGUAACAAGUUCGGGUGAUCAAGAUGGAGGCAGUAAAUCGGAGGAGACUGUCACUGGGACGACGACAACAACAACAACAACAGAGUCUGCAAGCAAGUUGGAGCAGGAAGAGGGCAAGGCAACAAAAGAUCAAGCAGAUGUUGGUGAAAGCAAGCCUUCGGAAGAGGAAGUGCGGGACAGUACAGAGCAAGAGACGACAGACAGUGAACAGGAACAGGAUGGAGAGGGUCAGAAAGGAACACCAAAAGAGGAGCCAAAAGAGGAGAAAAAAAAGAUUCCAGAUGACUUUUAUUACGACCUUGAACAGUUUUUGUCAAAACCAAUGAUCACCGACCAGUCGGGUCUUCCUAGCGACAUGUUGGUGAUGCAACAUUCAUUUGGCUAUGACUGCAAGCGUCGUGCUAAUCUUCACAUGCUGGAUGAAGACACGCUCAUUUUCAUUGCCGGCAACUUCAUUGAGCUUCUCAGCAUCAAGGCGAAGGAGCAGAGAUACAUCCGCAGUACAAGUGGAGGGGGUAUUGGGGCUAUUGCUGUACAUCCAAAGAGAAACUAUUUUUCAGUUGGUGAAAAGGGUAAUUGCCCGAACAUUAACAUAUUUGAAUAUCCCUCACUGAAGCUGUACAGGAUCUUAAGAGCUGGAACAGAAAAGGCCUUUGCUUCUCUUGAUUAUAGCCGUAAUGGUGAGCUGUUGGCGUCAGUGGGUAAAGAUCCUGAUUUCAUGUUGACCGUGUGGGACUGGAAACAGGAGCAGAUCAUGCUGAGAACUAAAGCUUUCUCGCAGGAUGUCUUCCGCGUGACCUUCUCCACUGACCUGGAAGGACAGUUGACCACAGCUGGGACAGGUCACAUUCGAUUCUGGAAAAUGGCCGACACGUUCACUGGUCUGAAACUGCAGGGAGAGCUGGGUAGGUUUGGCCGCACGGAGAUCUCCGACAUCGAAGGUUACGUGGAGCUGCCUGACGGGAAGGUUCUGUCUGGGUGUGAGUGGGGCAACAUGCUGCUGUGGGACGGUGGGCUCAUCAAGGUGGAGAUCGGCCGCAAGAACAAGAAGCAGUGUCACAGCGGACCCAUCCAACAGAUCCUGCUUGACGAGGGAGAACUCAUCACGAUAGGCAUCGACGGAUUUGUCAGGGUGUGGGAUUUUGAAACUAUUGACACUGCUGACACUAGUGAUGACACGGGACUGUUUGAAAUGGAACCGAUGAAUGAACUCAAAGUGGGCUAUGGUGACGAGGUGCAGCUACGUACUAUCAUCAAAUCCAUCGAUGAAGACAAUGAACCUACCAUGUGGUAUGUUCAGGAUGGUAAUGGUGGAAUCUGGCGACUGGACUUGUCGUUCUCCCACACAUCUCUCGCUCCCGAGAAAUUCAUGACGUACCACGCGGGGCCCAUAAUGGGUUGCAGCACGUCGCCCAUCACACAUUUAGUGGCCACUACUGGUUGUGAUCACACAGUGCGAAUAUUUGACUACAGUCAGGAGAAACAGCUGAAUGAGGUGCGCUACAACUCGGGAGGAACCUGUCUGAUCUGGGCGCCACCUAUUAUUGAUCCUAAAGGGAAGACCGUGAUAGCUGGUUUUGAAGACGGUGUUGUCCGUGUUUUGACGGUGGAGAAACAUCCAGAGGAAAUGGGUAGAAAGCCCCAGCAAGAGAUUGACGUCAGCCUGAAGCAGGUGUUCAAACCACACAAGGAUCAAGUGACGGCCAUAGCGAUAGAUAACAAGGGAGAAAUCUUUGUCUCAGGGGGAGUUGAUUCGACAUUGUUCUUUAUGAGCAUCGGAAACACAUUUGAGCCAAUUGGUUUCAUCACGACUCCAACUCCAGUUCGACAUCUCCAGUGGUCACCUGAUACCUUUUCUCAAUUGACCCUGCUGGUGGUAUGUGAGGAGGGAUAUAUGCUGGAGGUGGACUGUCCUCACCCUGGAAAGUUUGACACGUCACACUCCUACCAGAUAAAAGAUCUUCCUGUGAAAACAUUCAGGUUUAAAAGUGUCAAGUCGACUCUCAGGCAUGAAGAAGAGAUGGAAAUGAAGAGGAUUGAGGAGGAAGCUCGUAAGAAGCGAGAGGAAGAAGAACGAAAAGAGAGGAUAGAGAGAGGACUUGAAGAUGAAGAGGAGGACCAGGAGGAAGUGGAGGGCAAAGUCACACCGGUACCCGAACCAGACUGGCAUCCAUACAUACCGGAAGAGCCCAGCCCAAUUCUAGACGCAUCCUACUCGGACAGGGAAGGACAUUUCUGGUUGUCAAUGGGUGGUUUUGAUGCAGGCUACCUCUAUGAAUGUAAGUUCAUGUCGGACUCGAGCAAGCAGGUUGUUGCAGAAAAGAACACUGACAUUCCUCUGAAGGCGGUUCCAGUCCUAGAGUCCAAUGACGUCCCCAUCUCAGUUAUCAAGUUCAGUAACACUGGAGAGCAGGCCUUGAUGGGCAUGGAAAAUGGAGUCAUCCGGAUCCAGGAACUUGACAACAAGUUCGACCUCUCCGGCCUCGGCCCCCAGUGGAGCCUCAACAUCCACGACAACAACUAUGGCAGCAUCACAGGCCUCGUGUCGAGCUACGACGGUCUGGUGGUUAUCAGCGUCGGCGCUGAUGGCAACUUCUUCAUGUACUCGUUCAUGGAGCAUGAGAAGAUACUGCAGGAAAUUAAGAAGAACAAAGCAAAGAUCCCAUCUGCAAGGAAACCUGAAGAGAAAAUACAGGUUGAUGACAUUGAUGAUCCAAGUGCUUACAGCAUCGAGGAUGCGAAGCAGAAAGCUGAGUAUGACAAGAUGAUGAAAGAGGCAGAGGAGAAGAAACGUGAGGCGCGACUCCAGAUCGCCAAGUUGAGGCGACAGUUCAAGAUGAUCCUCGAGAAGAACGAUUCACUUCCCAAACAUGCCCAGCUCGACAAAGUGGAGUUUGAAAUGGACCGCGAGAUAAAGCUAGAGUUACAGAGACAGACACAGGAGAAGAUUGACAUGGUCCGGAAGGAGCUCGCCUGGGAGUCGGAGAAAUAUCGAAUAGCUCUCGACAAACUACAGAAACGGUUCAAGAACGUGGUGGAGUGUGAGAGAAUAGUUGUCAAGUCGUUUCUCACCCCACACGAGGUGUGCAGCUACAGAACGUCGAAGCUGUCUGAGGAUUUCUACGUCCUGAAGGCAACGUUCGAACACCGCUCCACAAUGCACCGCACGCAGGAUGACCUCACGAGAGAUUCGACUAAUCGCCUUAUGGCUGGUCAGCUCCGCCCGUCCGACAGUGAGGAGGGUCAGAGAGACCAGACAGGGGACCAGGUGGACUCCAAGGUGCAGACCACCCUCAAGGGCAGCAUGGGGGAGCGCAUCACUAAAGCAUUACAGAAAGUCGAGGAGAAGAAGAAGAAACGGCAGGAACGCAAAAACCAGUGGGAGGAGCUGUACAACACAAAGCCGGCCGACGACUACGAGGACCCUGCUGACGUUGCUGCCAUCAGGGAGGCAAAGGAGAACAUGGGAGACUACAAACUGAAGACGGCCAAGGACUAUGUCGUGCCCGACCACCUCCGCAUGAAUGUGGACAAGGCGCGCUGCAACUUGCUUGUACUCAAGGAUCUGAUCCAUGAACACAAGUACAACUUCAAUGUGCACCUGCUGUCGAUCCGUGACAAGAAGAUUCAGAUCAUCGAGGAGAUCCGAAAACUCGUCAGUCAGCUGGCGCGCAUACAGGCCAAACUGCCCGAGGAUAAGCAGAAACCAAUCCCCCCCGUUCCCGAAAUGCACCCCGACGAACUGCCCGAAAAGAAGCUGGAGUACACGAGAGACAGUCUGACCAGUUUCAAGAAACAAAUGGAGGAGCAAGCAUCCAGAGAGAAGAAGGAGAGUCAGGCCCAGGGUGGAUUUGGAGGGGGUGGAUUCAGCGGGGCUGGAUUUGGAGGCAGUGAACAUAAGGUAGCAUCAUCACCUGGUCACAAACAGUAUUCCGCAGCCAGUUUGCCGUCAAAAGCAGAUACUCAUCUUGUCCUAGAUGUUUCAGAGAAUGUCGAGUUAUCUCCUCUUGAAAUGGAAAUAAAACAAACAGAAGAAAUUAAAAAUAUUUACCUGCAAGACACCAUCUUGAGACAGAUUGAUGACAUGCUGAAGAAAUUUGACGCAGAACUCCGACUUCUGCGUCACGAGAAGUUCAAGUACGACAUUUUGAUGAAGAACGCAGAUCUCAGACAGGUGACGUUGUUUGAGGAGCUGGUGUUAUUGAAGGAGUAUGAGAAACGUGAGGACGUGAUUGCUGCCAAGGUGAUGAGCAAACAACAGGAGAAGCUCGAAAUGCAGGCCAAGAUCAUGGAGGUUCAGCUGAAGCUGGAAGGAAAGAAGAAGGACAUCGAGAAGCUUCAGGAGAAGGAGCGUGCCCUGAACACUACGUUCGUUCAGUCGCUGGGCGAGAACAACAAGUUCGGAGACUACCUCGGCAAAGUGUUCAGGAAGCGAAUCAAGAGGACCAAGAAGAAAACCACAGAGGGAGACGACUCUGGUGACGACAGUGAUGACGAUUCCGAUGAUGAAUCAGACUGGGAGGAAUCGGAUGAAGAAUCAGAUGAAGAGGCCGGAGCGUUCGACCUCGACGCAUGUCCCUCAGGCUGUGAUCAGGCUCUUUACGACAACACGUGUCAACUGCGUGAAAAACGCCUCGAUAUUGAGGAAGCUCUGGCAGAGGAGAAGAAAAACAGUGAAGCUCUGCGUAAGGAGAAUGAAGCACUCGCCAAGAAGGCAAAGAUCAUUGAUACUGCACUGAAAACAGCACAGGACGACUUGGAAGCGUUUCAGCUGGAGAAGCAGCAGAAGUUGAAUGAGCUGGAUGUCGUGGUGACUAUGAAGCUGCACCAGAUCCAGUACAUGAUCAACGGAAUACUGCCCCAGGAUCUGUCGCAGACCCUCAUCUUCGAGUCGAGCGGUGUCAUCAAGUUGCAGCACCGCAUCCACGAGCUGGAGCACGAGAAGUCGCUACAGAAGAAACAGAUGAAGGAAGCUCGCCGGACGCACGUGCAGCUGAUAAAAGACCGGCGCACGUUUGCUCGGAAGAUCGAGGAGAUGGAGGAGCAGUGCAACGAGCUGAUGGUCGGCAAGUUCGGGCGCAUCGUCGACCUCGAGAAACUGGAGACGAUCACCGUGAACCGCACCAUUGAGGAGCUCAAGGAGCGCAUGAGAAACACCGAGAUGAAGUGUUCCGAGGAACUCGUUCGCUUCGAAGAUGAGUUGAGUGACAAACGUAACAGAAUAACGUAUCUUAUUCGGAUGAACACACAGCGCCUACAACAGCUCAACAUGUUAAUGACGGAAAAAAGCGAACUGGAAACCUCUCUCGACUCGAGACAGAGAAAUCUGGGUGAAGAAUAUUCUGGUCAGAGGAAGUCCGACAUUCACGAGAAGCAGCGACUCAUCCAACUUGUGCAACUCCAGGCACAGGAGAUCGAUGCGCUCAAGGAGGAGAUAAUGUUGCUCUCUAGGAAAGGAGGACACAUUUUACCUCCAGCCCAACCUCCGUUACCACAGAGUCCAACAAAUUUGCAUACAAUCAGUCACUAAUUUAUGAAAUGUUUCUUUGUACUAUCUUCCGAAGGACAUAUUUAAUUGAAAAUAGAAUAUCCAUUACUGGUAAGUUAAAAAACCCCUUACAUUACAUUUUUGAAAAGAGAAGGAAAAAAAAUGCACAUAAGUUAGAGGUCAGGAUAAAUAUUUGUGAGAAGCGAAAUGAUCUUUUUGUUAAUGUGAAUAACAUUUUGUGUCAUUAUUCUUCUUUGAAGAGGAUAUUACUGUGAUGCAAAAAACAGAAGAAAGACUCAGUAUUUAGACAUUUUCACCAUCAAUAUACGAACAGUGGUAUAAAAUAAAUCUCCAAGACUACAAAUACAUUUGAAUAUUUACUUGAAAUAAAAAGGUUUAUUUCAUACUUUAAAAAAAAAGUUUCCAUAUUUCUGUUCUAAUUUUACAGUCGGAAUAAUUUAUUGAUUUUUAUCUGAUACAUUUUAAUUCAGACAUUUUAUUUUUUAAUCAAAUGUAUUUAGUGUUUCAUAAUGAAAUAUUUAUUACAUGCCAAAAAGGUUUUCUAAAUUAAAAAUGUUUGUCAUAUUUUUCUGUUCCGUCAGUAACAUUCCUAUUUAAUGGUCAUUUUGGACCUGCAUGUGUGUGUAUGGCAAUGGUGUUGGCAACCAGUAUUAUUUGCCAAGUAUUCCGUCCACCUUGUGAUAAAUUAAUAAAAAUAAAAUACAUGUACAUUA